CGUCAUUUCCUGCGAACGAGCAAACAUUGUCACGUGAUAUAGGUUUAGCGCUCUGUUUCUCGAAUCUGUAAGGUUGACAAAUAUACUUGAAAUGUCAACUUUGUUAUCGUUAUCGUUUGCUUUACGCAAAUGGACACUCGAUGCUAUCUCGAAGAGCGAUUUUCAUCGAUUAUCAGCGAGGAAUUCGAAUCUAAAAAUUCCAGUCUUUGUAUUGAGCGUCACGUGAUCUACUCGCAGCUGGUGUUUGGUAAAUAUGGCGAAAGGUGGUUAGAACACAGCGGAUCGAAGAGGGUGACAUACCCCUAAACCACUGCGACAAUUGUGACAGUCGUUUACUGUCAAAUGAUGGAUCCUGGACAGGAUUUACUCCUUGCUGCUUUGAGCGAGAGCGGCAUCUGCGCAAACGAUCUGUUCGACUUUGAACCUCAGGAUGCGGCCCAGUCCUCUCCCCUCCAGCAGUCCAUCUCCAUUAAUGCCCUGGAUGUUGGUUUGGGGGCCGAGGCAGUGGGAGCUGUUAGAACAGAGACGUCACUUCAACCUACUCACACAGUCACCAUAAGGCACAAGCCCCAGCCCUCAACCACUACAUUUGUCUUAAAUCAACUGAAUCAGUUGCCAUCUCUGGGAACGGUUGUCGUGACCAAACCGUCGACCACAAGCACCCCCAGACACACCAUCACCGUAACCAAGGUGGUUCACACCACCCCGUCAGCCCUGCAUGGCUCCACGUCAACCUCCAGCUCCUCCAUGCCUCGCCCCUCCAUGGUGCCCAGCAGAGAGCAGAUCCAGCUGAAGGACCUGCUGAGGCAGAGCGGGGUGAAGAGCAGCAGCCUGGUGGAGCUGAUGAAGCUCAAGCCUCCGCCCGACAUAGCCCAGCCCGUCGCCACUGCAACGUCCACGGGAACCAAAAUAAUUCUGGUCACGACAAAGAUGAUCACUAAACCAGCGGAACUGAACAACGGGGUGAAAAAGGAGGCGAUGAUGGGCCGAGACAUGGCGCGAAUCUGGGUGAAUGAAGACGCGAAGGGGCGGAGCUUCUCCCCGACCCUCAAACUACCCGGGAUGAAAGAGGAGGACGAGCCCGAGGAGGAGGAUGAGGAAGAGCUGGGUCACGCUGAGACGUACGCAGAGUACAUGCCCAUGAAAUUGAGGAUCGGCCUGAGGCAUCCGGACCCUGUGGUGGAGACCAGCUCCCUGUCCAGCGUGAACCCUCCCAACGUGUGGUACCGCCUCUCCAUCCCAGAGGAGACCAUCGACCGAGGCUGGCUCUCUGCUCUGCAGCUGGAGGCCGUCACGUACGCUGCCCAGCAACACGAGACAUUCCUGCCCAAUGGGGAUCGAGCGUCGUAUCUCAUUGGCGACGGAGCUGGCGUGGGGAAGGGCAGGACCAUUGCUGGGAUCAUCUACGAGAACUACCUCCUAGGCAGGAAGAGGUCACUCUGGUUCAGUGUUUCCAACGACCUGAAGUACGACGCUGAGAGGGAUCUGAGAGAUAUCGGAGCGAAGAACAUCCAGGUCCAUUCACUGAAUAAGUUCAAGUAUGGGAAGAUCUCCUCCAAACACAAUGGGAGCGUGAAGAAGGGGGUGAUCUUCGCCACCUAUUCGUCCCUCAUCGGGGAGAGCCAGUCUGGGGGAAAGUAUAAGACCAGGUUCAAACAGCUCCUCCACUGGUGUGGGGAGGACUUUGACGGAGUUAUUGUCUAUGAUGAGUGUCACAAAGCCAAAAAUGUGUGUCCAAUCGGGUCGUCCAAGCCCACUAAGACUGGCCUGGCAGUCCUGGAGCUGCAAAACAAACUUCCCAAAGCACGCGUGGUGUAUGCCAGCGCCACAGGGGCUUCUGAGCCUCGCAACAUGGCCUACAUGAACCGUCUGGGCAUCUGGGGGGAGGGAACGCCCUUCAAAGAAUUCAGCAACUUCAUCCAGGCUGUGGAGCGCAGAGGUGUCGGUGCCAUGGAGAUAGUUGCCAUGGAUAUGAAGCUGCGGGGCAUGUACAUCGCGAGGCAGCUGAGCUUCACCGGAGUGACGUUCAAGAUUGAGGAAGUUCCGCUGACGCAGCAUUACAUCAAGAUGUACAACAAGUCCGUGCGUCUGUGGGUGAGCGCACGCGAGAAAUUCCAGCAGGCGGCUAACCUGAUGGACGCCGAGCAGCGCAUGAAGAAGUCCAUGUGGGGCCAGUUCUGGUCAGCCCACCAGCGCUUCUUCAAGUACCUCUGCAUCGCCUCCAAGGUCCGUAGGGUGGUGCAGCUGGCCAGGGAGGAGGUGAAGAACGGCAAGUGUGUGGUCAUCGGGCUGCAGUCCACAGGAGAGGCUCGGACUCUGGAGGCCCUGGAGGAGGGAGGCGGAGAGCUCAACGACUUUGUGUCCACAGCCAAAGGCGUGCUGCAGUCUCUGGUUGAGAAGCACUUCCCGGCUCCAGACAGGCAGAAGCUGUUCAGCCUACUGGGGAUAGACCUCUCGGCCAAGAAGACCCCCUCUCCCAUCGAGACCACAGCGGUGCAGAAGGGCAAGAAGAGGAAAGGUCCAGGUGCGGAGGUGAGGAAGCAGGUGAAGAAGCCUCGCAGGUCGGGGGGGCUGUCCGGCAGCAGCUCAGACGACAGCCAAUCGGAAGAGUCGGAGAAAGAGGCGGAGAGCGACGACAGCUUCAAGUCGGUCAGCUCAGGGGAGGACGAUGACGACUUUAACCCCUUCAGGGACGAGUCCAGCGAGGACGAGGAAGAUGAUCCCUGGCUCAUCAGAAAAGAGCCCAAAAAGGGCAAAGAGAAGAAAAGCAAGAAGAAGAAGAAGAAGAAAAGCAUCGACCCAGACUCUAUCCACAGCGCCCUGCUGGCCUCCGGCCUCGGCUCAAACAGGCCUGCCUUCACUGCCCCGGCUGUGAAGACCCCCAGCACGCCCGCCACAGUGAAGGCAGAGAGAGCUAACUUCCUGCUCUCCACAGUGAAGGCGGAGAGCGAGGACGGCUGCGUGACGAGCCAGGACGCGGUGGAGGACGCCCAGCACAUGAAGAAGGAUCUCCUGGACCAGCUGGAGAAGCUGGCUGCUGACCUGCCCCCCAACACCCUGGACGAACUCAUCGACGAGCUGGGGGGGCCGGAGAACGUGGCCGAGAUGACGGGUCGUAAAGGCCGGGUGGUCAGCAACGACGACGGCAGCAUCUCCUACGAGUCUCGCUCGGAGCUGGACGUCCCCGUGGAGAUCCUCAACCUCACAGAGAAGCAGAGGUUCAUGGACGGAGAGAAGAACAUUGCCAUCAUCUCGGAGGCGGCCAGCUCUGGGAUCUCCCUGCAGGCUGACAGGCGGGUCAAGAACCAGCGGCGCCGAGUCCACAUGACCCUGGAGCUGCCCUGGAGUGCGGACCGAGCCAUCCAGCAGUUUGGGAGAACCCACCGGUCGAAUCAAGUCACCGCUCCAGAGUAUGUCUUCCUGAUAUCCGAGCUGGCAGGAGAGCAGAGGUUUGCAUCCAUCGUGGCCAAAAGACUGGAGAGCUUGGGAGCCCUCACUCAUGGAGACCGAAGAGCCACUGAAACUAGAGACCUGAGCAGGUUCAACUUUGACAACAAAUAUGGCAGAAAUGCUCUGGAAAUAGUGAUGAAGUCCAUUGUAAACCUCGACUCUCCGCUGGUCUCUCCACCUGCUGACUUUGACGGGGAUUUCUUCAAAGAAAUUUGCAACGGACUCAUAGGUGUUGGGCUGAUAAAUGUGGAAGACAGAUCCAGAAUCCUGUCAUUAGAUAAAGACUACAACAACAUCGGGAAGUUCCUGAACCGGAUCCUGGGUAUGGAGGUGCAGCAGCAGAACGCCUUGUUCCAGUACUUUUCCGACACGCUGGGGGCCGUUAUACUGGACGCCAAGAAGAACGGCCGAUACGACAUGGGGAUCCUGGAUUUGGGUUCUGGGGAUGAGAAGGUGAGGAAGGUAGAGGCCAAGAAGUUCCUAACCCCAGGCUACUCCACGUCAGGACACGUCGAGCUGUACACGGUGAGUGUGGAGAGAGGUAUGUCCUGGGAGGAAGCCACCCACGCCUGGGCAGACCAGAGCGGAGCCGACGACGGCUUCUAUGUGCAGGUGAGGAACAACAAGAAGACGGCCAUCUUGGUAAAGGAGGUGAACACCAAGAAGAGACUGUUCCUGGUGUACAGGCCCAACACCGGAAAACAGCUCAAACUGGAGACCUACAUUGACAUCAAGAAGAAGUGUAAAAAGGUCUUGUCGGAUGACGCCAAGCAGCAUUGGAUAGACCAGUACAAGUCUUCCGCAAAGAUCUGCUCUCACGCUUAUUGGCGAGGGAACUGCAGGAAGGCGUCCGUGGGCCUGCAGUGUGAGAUAGGGCUGAGGUGCAGGACGUACUACGUGCUGUGUGGCUCGGUGCUCAGCGUGUGGACCAAGGUGGAGGGGGUCCUGGCGUCUGUGAGCGGCACCAACGUCAAGAUGCAAAUCGUUCGUCUCAGGACGGAGGACGGACAGAGGAUAGUAGGUCUUAUCAUUCCAGCAAACUGCGUGUCCCCCCUGACCAACAUCCUGUCGUCCUCCGACCAAUCCCAGCAGCUGGCAGUCCAGCAGCAGCAGAAGUGGCAACAGCUCCACCCUCAGAGUCUGAGCCACGUCGCCAACACAUAGCCUGGGGCCGGGGGCCUUCGCGCAGCACCAGGGGGUCACCCAGGCCCCACGGCUCCCACCGUCUUCGAGUUCACGUCCCACCCCCCCUCCAAGGGGGUUCGACGACUCCGCCGCACAGAGGGCUGUGGUUGCAGCUAGCCACCCUUCCAACUGCUCCCUCGCUUCCUGGGGAGGGGCCCUCGCUAGUGCUGUGGCACUUUUUUUUAAGAUGCGACGCAGCGGUAGUCAAGAGGAAACCGUUUCAGGGUUUCUGCCCAAAGAUGAGUGUGUUUUUUUUCACCUGGAGGAGUUUACUCUCUGUCUUGCUGGACCAUGAUUCAAGAACUGGGUGGGGGAGGUGGGGGUAAGGGUUGGGGGG